UAAUGUGCUUGGUGUUUCUGCAUCCCCAGAUGGCAGAGGGAGAUAAAAAGGCUGUCAAAAAGAGGAGGCACGCGAGCCGGAACCCGGUUCUCGCCAGGGGUAUCUGCCGAUACUCCCGGUCAGCCAUGUUCUCUCGUCGUGCCAUGUACAAGCGCAAGACCAAGGUCACUGAAACCAAGACGGAGAAGAAGCUGAAGCUGAAGGAGAGACCCAGGGCCACCGUCGUCAAGACUGUUGGCGGAGACAAGAACGGAGGCAGCCGUGUCGUCAAGCUGCGCAGGAUGCCCCGUUACUACCCCACUGAGGAUGUUCCCCGCAAACUGAAGACCCAUGGAAAGAAACCCUUCAGCCAGCACAAGAGGAAGCUGCGCGCCUCCAUCACCCCAGGAACAGUCCUCAUCCUGCUCACUGGCCGUCACCGUGGAAAGCGUGUGGUCUUCCUGAAGCAGCUCUCCAGUGGUCUGCUGCUGGUCACUGGUCCUCUGGCCUUGAACAGAGUCCCUCUGCGCAGAGCUCACCAGAAGUUUGUCAUUGCCACCAACACCAAGGUGGACAUCUCUGGUGUCAAGAUCCCCAAAACCCUCAAUGACAUUUACUUCAAGAAGAAGAGGCUGAGGAGGCCCCGUCAGCAGGAGGGGGAAAUCUUCGACACUGAGAAGGAGAAGUACCAGCUGACAGAGCAGAGGAAGAAGGACCAGAGGAAAGUGGACGCACAGCUGCUGCCCAUCAUCAAGAAAGUCCCUCAGCUCAAGGGCUACCUGCGCUCCUCCUUCUGCCUGUCUGGAGGCGUCUACCCACACAAGCUGGUUUUCUAAAUGUGUUAAAAUAAAGAGUUCCAAACGUCA